AUGGGUAAAUCAAAGGUAUAUGUGAUUGGUGUCGGAAUGACAAAGUUCUGUAAACCAGGAUCACGAGAUUGGGAUUACCCAGACAUGGUGAAAGAAGCCGGAUCACGAGAUUGGGAUUACCCAGACAUGGUGAAGGAAGCCGUGAACAUGGCGUUGGACGAUUGCUCACUGAAGUACACAGACAUUCAACAAGCUACGGUCGGAUACCUGUUUGGAGGCACUUGCUGCGGUCAAAGGGCUCUUUAUGAACUCGGUUUCACAGGCAUUCCAAUCUUUAACGUAAACAAUGCCUGCGCUUCUGGCUCUUCUGGGCUCUACUUGUGUAAACAAAUCAUCGAAAGUGGUAACUCUGACGUUGUGCUUGCAUGUGGAUUCGAGAAGAUGGCCACGGGGUCGUUGGACACUCAAGCUGGUAACUCUGAUGGUCGGGCUCUGUCUGUAGAUAACCAUAUUCAGGUUAUGUCCGAUACCUACGGCCUGUUCCCUGCCCCUAUUACUGCCCAAAUGUUUGCAAACGCUGGCAAAGAGCACAUGGAGAAAUAUGGUACAAAGCGAGAACAUUUCGCAAAAAUUGCUUGGAAGAACCACCUGCACUCUGUUCAUAACCCGAACUCCCAGUUCACGAAAGAGUUCACUCUUGAUCAGGUUAUGAAUGCUCGAAAGAUUUAUGACUUCAUGGGAUUGUUGGAAUGCAGUCCAACAUCAGAUGGCUCUGCUGCUGCUGUGCUUUGCUCAGAACGAUUCCUCGAGCAGAAUCCCCGUCUUAAGCCUCAAGCAGUAGAAAUCGUUGGACUCGAGCUUGGUACUGACCAGCCAUCGGUGUUCAAGGAGAACAGCAAUAUCAAGAUGAUUGGGUUCGACAUGAUUAAGAAGAUAUCUUCGGAUUUGUACAAAAAGACGGGCCUUUGUCCGAAUGAUGUGCAGGUUAUCGAACUUCAUGACUGCUUUGCACCAAACGAGCUGAUCACUUAUGAGGCUUUGGGAUUGUGUGACGUCGGUAUGUUCCCGGAUACAACUGUAUCAUGA